GAAAACUUGCCGUCGAGCGGUUGAGUGGAUCACUUGGCUUGUGCCCUGGUUCCAAUUGAGCAACUUCAUAGACGUUUCAAUCGUUGGCGCGCAUAGCGGUGAACAGCAAAUAGCAUCUUGCUUUUAAAUUGCGCCAAGCGACGAUAAGGACCAAGGACAAUAACCACAAAGCUUCACUGAUUGAUUUGUUUAAUGUCGCUGCGGGCGUUCGGGAUCUGUUAGCGACACCGUAAAUUCGAGCAGCUGGCUUGCGUGGCAACUUGAUUUCAUUAACGCAUAUUUAAGCAGCCGCCCAAUUAAGCAGCGGGCGACUUGUCUGCAGGCCCCAGCGCUGAGUACUCGCAAACCGCCCUCAAGGAUAAUGUGGCAAAUGUUGCGUGAGCUCGCGUAAUUCAUUGAUUGACGACGACAUUGUCAAGCGGCAGCCUCGGCGUCGCUGUGGCCAGGUCCAGGCAGCAGCUGACACUGCUGUUGCUGCUGCUGCUGCUGCCGCUGCUGCUGCUAAUGCUACACGCUGCUGCCGUAGAGGCAAUCCCAGGCAACACUUUAACACUAACUGGCCAGAAUGCGCUUGCUGCAUUCGAAUCGACGACGCAGCUCGACGAGCUAUCCCGUGGCGCUGCUGAUAGCAGCAAUGGCGCGGACAACCCAACUUAUAGUAUUCCAGCCUACAGCGCUGCCGAAUUCGCCAACACCAGUGCCAGUGCCAGCUCCGCCGGAGCUACCCACAAUGCGAGCGAAGAAAGCACCGACCAGCUGGUGCCACAGAUUCCGUCGUAUAUACGCACAACCGCCAUGUUCUUCUGUAUCAUCAUAAUGCUGCUGGGUGUGGUGGGCAACGUGAUGGUGCCCAUAGUCAUUGUGAAGACCAAGGACAUGCGCAACUCUACAAAUAUAUUUCUUACCAAUCUAAGUAUUGCCGAUUUGCUGGUGCUGCUCGUCUGCACGCCCACCGUGCUCGUCGAGGUCAACACGCGCCCCGAGACCUGGGUGCUGGGCCACGAAAUGUGCAAGGCCGUGCCAUUUGUUGAGCUAACUGUGGCCCAUGCCAGCGUGUUGACUAUAUUGGCCAUCUCCUUUGAGCGCUACUAUGCCAUCUGUGAGCCCCUAAAAGCUGGCUACGUCUGCACCAAGGCGCGCGCGAUACUCAUCUGUGUCCUGGCCUGGGGCAUCGCCGCGCUCUUUACGAGUCCCAUACUGUGGGUGGCUGAGUACAAGCUGGUUGAGUACAUUGAUGGAUCCUCGGUGCCCGUUUGCCUCACACAGGCGAUUGGCGUGUCCACCGUUGGUUUCUUUCUGAUGACCAUAUCGGUGUUCUUUGUGCUGCCUUUCCUCAUGCUCGUCGUGCUUUAUGGCAUCAUUGCGCGGAACCUCAUCUCAAAUCAGGGCGCCAUGCUGCGCGCUCGUCCUACCAAGCCGGAGCUGAGUCUGAAGGCUCGCAAGCAGGUGGUCCUCAUGCUUGGCGCCGUUGUGCUCUCGUUCUUCGUCUGCUUGCUGCCCUUCCGCGUGCUUACGCUCUGGAUCAUAUUGAGCACGGAGCAGACGCUGCAUGAUAUGGGACUGGCUCGCUAUUACAGUCUACUUUACUUCUGCCGCAUCAUGCUCUAUUUGAACUCGGCCAUGAAUCCCAUACUCUACAAUCUAAUGUCCACCAAGUUUCGCAAGGGCUUUGGUCGCCUCUGUCAGGAUGUAGCGCGCCUGAUGCUGCGUCUGCUUACGCUAGGACGCAGUAGCAGUCCCAGUGACUCAGCCAGCGCACGCAGCGGCACGCUCUCGUCCGGAAACGGCACCAAUACCAAUUCAUCGAAUGCAACGGCAGCCACCAACUCCAGCAUACUCUCGCGCGGCUCCAAUCGCCGCUGCAGCGAUGACAUCAGCCGCACUCGCCUCAAAAUUGAGCUGCAAAUGCCCUGCGGCAGUGAUCUGGAGGCCAUGGCCAUGCUACAGCACUCGGCGCUGCGCAGCAAGCGACACCAAAGCGACAGCAGGCUGCUGGGCAAUAAUGCUUUGCAGCGCCCCAAGCCACAAAUCAGUUUCGAUGAGAGCGCUGUGGGCGGGGCUGCCAAAGAAACUGUAAAUCUAGCCUAAAGCCAGAGCUAAACGGGAAGGCAUAAGGAAGUCAUGCCAAGGAGCAAAAAAGAUCAAGGCCAAGCAGUCGGCCUGCGUGAAUAAUCGCCUGUAACCCGUUUACACUUUCGCUUCACUUGCGCGGAAUGUGCUGGGCUUGGUAGCGAGGGGAGGCGGGGGUUCAUGGCCCACGCCUGUACAAAUUGCAUUUUGAGCGCUUUUUGCAAACAUAAUCGAUUCCAUUCAGCCGUUGACAGUAAGUGCUGUUACUGCUGCUGCUGCUCCUUGGACAUUUCCGCACAAAAAACAAUCAAUUUUUCGGGCUAUUAAACUCGAAUGAAUGUGCCAAAGAUAAAUAACAGCAACGACAGCCAAAGCACUACAACUACAACUUAAACUACGGCUACGACCACGGGCGGGCAGCCAUUAAGCAACGGGCGCAUGUAAAGCAAGCCAAAAAUAAAAGGGGGCAGCACUAAACGUAAGCAAUGCCCCCAAACACAAUGGGUGAAUGGGAAAUGGCUUAAUACUUGCAUGCGUUUGGGACUCCAUCAUGGCAUGGCAUGGCAUGGCAUAGCAUGGCGGAUAAACAUGAUUUAGGUAUAUUGAAAUACAUAGUUUCUGUUUCGGCAGCGCAGCUUGCCCCAAAAUCUUAAGCGACCAUUCCAAAAUGGCUACCAUCACACUUACUAGCGGCCAUGGCGUAUACUUGAUGAGAAAAACAAAAACAUUUACACAGCAUACAAGAAAAAAUCGAAAAAUACGCAAACACACGCAGCCACACACCCACACAAAUGCAUAAUAAUAUUUAUAUAAAUAUAAUCCUACACAUACGUAAAUAUGAAUACAUGUACACUAGCUUGUAAAUCCUUUGAA